AUGAUUGUAGGCGAUUAUCCGCAAUAUACUAAAGAUUACGGCAUUAACGACGAGAACUGUGGCCUCAAAUUUAUUCCCGAAAAGUUGAACAUAACAUACGACACAACGACAUGCUUUCAUAACAAGUAUGACAUGAGACAAGUGAAUGAUAUGUAUGGCCCACACUAUGACGACAAAGUGGAUGAGUUGACCAGUCGUGUGGCUUAUGGUACAAAUGCCUUGUACAGUGAGGCACCAUGGUCCAUGGACAGUUUACUUGCAUAUCGAUGCGUGGUUUUCUUCAUGGAGUGGUCGCAAAGGAAUCAAUUGAACCAAAACCAAGAGUUGGUCACAAUCUUUGGUUACGGAAAAGUAGAUGAGAAGACGGGAGAUGUCAAGGAUUGGCUUCAAAAGGGAGAGAUUGUGUUACAACCCUAUCAUAACUGUCUGUGGACUCAAUGGGACGGCAUUUUGUGCUCAUUUUAUUCUGAAUCUAAACUCGCGAUGCCCUGUGAGGGUGAUUCUGGCGCCGGUAUAGUGCAGUAUACGGACAAAUACAAUACUCAGGCUAUACUCGUGGGCACAGAAUCUGGUGGUAGCGCUCGCUAUACGGCUGAUAACUCGUGCGAUGGUUUGGCCUCACGAAGAGAUCGGGAGAAGUGUCAAAAAAGUUGUCACAAAAGAGAUCCAAAGAGAGACAAAAUGCCUGUCAUUUCAUCGAAACCAUACAUCGCUGGAGACGUUGUCUUCAAAUUCAAACCAUUGCUGACUUGUAUUCGAGACAAACAUAAAGGAAAACAUUGCGAUAAUUGUCUCAAACUUACGGAUCAGUUGAAGAGUGACAAAACAUUUGCGACCGAAAGACACGCUUUGUUUGACGGAUCAGAUGUUUGUUUCAAUGAUAUCAAAGUCAAUGUAUCGGAUAUUCCGCGCAAAAGGAUUGAUUUGUUUGAUAAGUUCUGUCAAGAGUUUAAGACUUUAGGCGUAGAUUUUAAGGCCACAGAACUUUUUGAAUUAUUUAAAUUAGUGUUUAUCACGACUUAUAAACUCGAAAGAAAUAUCGAUAAUCUUAUAGAUUAUCGUAUAGUCAUAGGCGAAGCAGUUUGUCUUGAGUUGUGGCCAAUCAGUCAUUCCUGUCUCCCAAACACAGCAAUUGUCCGCAAAGACGAGUGGUUUGAAAUCCGUGCCAUGAAGUCCAUAGCCAUCGGCGAAGAGAUAACAAUGGCGUCGAUUAAUUUAUUCAACAAUUAUGCGACGAGUCAUUGGAACUUUUCUAAGUCCGCUAUUCGUAGACACGAAUACGAAAUGAACUCCAAUUUAAUUAUAUAUUUGGAGGCAAUGUAUGGCGAGUAUAAUCCGACGGUCACUUAUUUCUUGUUGGAGUCAUUCAUGUGUUUCGCAAAUUCAAUGAAAGCCAGCCAUUCAUUGCUCACACUUUGGUUCAAACGUAUUGAACGGCACGUAUUGGUCACCCAUGGAUCAGACCAUCCCUGGGAUCGCAAAAAGAGAGAUCCAAAGAGUGACGAAAUGCCUGUCAUUUCAUCGAAACCAUACAUCGCUGGAGACGUUGUCUUCAAAUGCAAACCACUAUUGGUUUAUAUUCAAGACAAAUACAAAGGAGAGUAUUGCGAUAAUUGUCUCAAACCCACGGAUCAGUUGAAGAGGUGUUCAAAAUGUCGUCAAAUGUAUUAUUGCGGCAAAAAUUGUCAGACAAUCGACUGGUCUUUCCAUAAGAAUGAAUGCAAAGUCUUCAGAGAGAACAGAAUCGAUGGAUUUCACACAAUCUUUAUACCAUUACUUCGACUCUAUCUUCGGAUCAAAAGUGACAAAACAUUUGCCACCGAAAGACACACUUUGAUUGACGGAUCAGAUGUUUGUCUCAAUGAUAUGAAUAUCGCAGUCAAUGUCAGGUGUAUUUCAGAGGACGUAAUGCUUAUUUGUGGACAAUUCAAGAGUAUUGGCAUUGAUUUUAAGGCCGAAGAACUCAAUCGAUGGUUUAAAUUGGUAUUAAAAAACACUGACAAUAUGUCCCGUGAAAGCGAUAAUCCAAUUAGUUUUGCCGUUGCUAUCGGCGGUGCCGUCUGUCCCGAGUUGUGGCCAAUCAGUCAUUCAUGUGUCCCAAACACGGCAAUGAUUUGCAGAGAUGGAUUGUUGGAAAUCCGAGCCAUGAAGUCCAUAGCCGUCGGCGAAGAGUUGACCCGGACUUGGAUUCCGUUGCAUUGGAAUCGCGAUAAAAGACGCCAAUUAUUGAGUGAGUCUCACAGUGUCUGCAAUUGUGACAAAUGUAGACUACAUUUGGAUAAAGACAUGGAUUAUGAAGAAUUUGGUGAACUCUUGAAGAAACACACGUUUCUCUGGAAUGGUUUUAGGUUUGGGUUUCAACGUCAGUAUCAAGCUUUCGAUUCCGUGAACUUAUCGUUCGAAAUGGACUCCAAUUUCAUUGAAUAUUUGGAGGCAAUGUAUGGCGAGUUUCAUCCGACGGUCACUCUCUUACUCUUGCAGUCAUUUAUAUAUUUCGCAAAUUCAAAGAAAGCCAGCCAUUCAUUGCUCACACUUUGGUUCAAACGUAUUGAACGGCACGUAUUGGUCACCCAUGGAUCAGACUAUCCCUGGUAUGCGAUGCUUCGCAACCAAUUUGACAAAUCAUUGAAAAUUUAA